UCAUCUCUGCUCGAGUCUCUUCCAGGUCACCCAAAAUGGUGCUUCUCUCAGUUCAACAUGGAGCUGAUCAGAGGCCGAGCAAGGGGAGGCCCUUCUCUGAUUUUACUUUCUAAGGUGCGUGGACGUCUCUCUGCUCUGAGAUGCUGCCCACAGAGCAGGAACGGGAGAGGACACCAGACGCCUUCUCUGCAGAGGAGCAGGCCCGCUGCAGAGAGUGGCGAGGCUCCCCGCUCAGCGCUCCUCUGUGCAGCUGGCCUGGGGUCCUUUCUGGACCAGUGGAUGUUGUCUCAAGGCCAGGCCAGACCAUCUGGGUCUGAACUGGUGUGUCUUUGACGGGAAAUGCACCUCUCUUCAUAAAGGUUGCCCAACAUCCUGGGCCACUCAGAGAUGUGGAAUGGAGGCUCCAGAGUCCACCUGUCCCGCCCCGCCUGCCAGGGACCAGCUGGCUCCUGCGCCUGGCCCCCCAGGGCCCCCAGCUGGGCAGGCCUCACCUCGGCUGACUCUGAGUCCUGCCACCCUGCCGCCAGAGCCGGGGCUGCCCUCCGCCCUGCUCCUGAAGGCCCUCCCCAUCCCACUGUACCACACGGUGCCUCCGGGCGGCCUCCAGCCCCGCGCCCCUCUCGUGACAGGCAGCCUGGACGGGGGCAGUGUGCCCUUCAUCCUCGGCCCCCUGCUCCAGCCUGAAGGACCUGGCCCCACCCAGGCAGGCAAGCCAACGGCCCCGACGCUGACGGUGAACAUUGUGGGUGCCCUGCCUGUCCUGUCCCCAGGCCUGGGGCCCGCACUGGGCAGCCCAGGCAAGGCACGGAGUGCCGGCAGGCACCUCUGCCCACACUGUGGCCGGGACUGCCUGAAGCCCAGCGUUUUGGAGAAGCACAUCCGGUCCCACACGGGCGAGAGGCCCUUCCCAUGUGCCACCUGUCACAUCGCCUUUAAGACCCAGAGCAACCUCUACAAGCACAGGCGGACCCAGACUCACCUCAACAACUCCCGUCUGUCCUUGGAGUCCGAGGCGGGUGGGAGCAGCCUCCUGGAGGAGGGGGACAGGGUCGGAGAGCCCUCCCCAGCAGACGGCAGCGGGGAAACCCGGAACCAGAGGACUGGCGAAGGAGCACCAGAGACGCCCCUCUCCCCAGGUGCCCACCUGUCCCUUGUCGCCAAGAACCAAGACACGAAGGCGGAGGUUGCGCCCUGUCCAGGGUCCGCCCUUGCCCACACGGAGGCUCCUUUGGACUCCACCCAGACGGUGUCACCUGGGCUCCUGCUGGCCAGCACACAGCCCGCGCGGAAGCUGCCAGAACCGAAGUCAAGCUCCCUGCCGCGGCAGCAGGAGGCGUCCUCUGAGAAGCCCUGGGAAGCCAAGGCCCCCGAGGGCCGACUCAGGAAGUGUGAGAGCACGGACUCAGGGUACCUGUCGCGCUCAGACAGCGCGGAGCAGCCGCCCGUGCCCUCCAGCCCCCUUCACAGCCUGUCGGAGCUCAGUGCUGAGUCGGAGGGGGAGGGCGGCCUGGGCCCGGGGCCCGGGGCCACCACGGCGGAGCAGGGAGGGCCGGGGGCCAGCCUGGAGCUGGAGAAGAGGCGGCUGGAGGAGCGCAUCGCCCAGCUCAUCUCCCACAACCAGGCUGUGGUGGACGACCCCCAGCUGGACCACGUGCGGCCCCGCAAGACCGUCCUGUCCAAGCAGGGCAGCAUUGACCUGCCCACGCCCUACACCUACAAGGACUCCUUCCACUUUGAUAUCCGGGCGCGGGACCCCGGGCGCAGGAGGGCGGCCCUCAGCCCCGCCCAUUCCACCUUCACCCCGCUGGACAAGGGGCGGCCCCUCUUCUUCCACUCUGUCCCCACUCAGCUGUCCACCACUGUGGAAUGUGUCCCCAUCACCAGGAGCAAUUCACUGCCUUUUGUCGAGGGCUCCAGGACCUGGCCAGAGCCACGGGCCUUGAAGGAUGCCUGCCCCAGGACACAGAAGCCCCUGAGCCCCAGGCCCACCCCAGCCCGGCAGGGCUGCCGCUCUGGGCUGACCUUGGCAGAUGUCCCCAGUGGCCACCCCCGGGCCCUGGUCAGACAGGCUGCGGUGGAAGACCUGCCAUGUGCCCUCGCUGGAGACACCUCUGCCCCCAUAGAGGACCCUGGUGGAAAGAGAAUUGUCUCGGUGGAGGGGGCAAGCUGGAAGGGCAGAGCGACCAGUAAGAAGUGUGGCCAGCGGAAGCUGAAGAUGUUCUCCCAGGAGAAGUGGCAGGUGUAUGGGCAUGAGACGUUCAGGAGGCUCUACCAGAAAGUGAAAACUAGCCACCAGGGAGGCCAGAGAGCCAGGGAGGUGGGAGCGGGCCAGGGGAAAGACGCGGCCCUCCCUUCCCAGGAGCCGGCAGCGGGGGGCGGGAGCACAGCUCCAUCCCAAGACAGCAGGGCCCGCAUCCUUGGGGACGUUUCUGUAGAGGCCAAGCCAGGGUCCUGGGGAAGCCUGCCAGCCCCCGAGGGCUCCUUGGAGACUGAGCCUCCUAAGCAGACGAAGACAGAGGCCAGAACAGGAGACAGUGACCCGUCUGGGGCAGCCAGGACUGUGUCCUCCCCGACCCUCAGCAGCAGAGAACCCUCCCAUCCAGACAGCAGGAACCCUCCGCUUCCUCCAAAGGAGGGGCUGGAAACAGGAUGGCCGCUGCCCCCAGCACCUGGGCCACUCCAAGGAGCUGACCUAGAGGUGCCCAGUCUGACUUUGCCAGCUUCCAAGGUGGGAGGGGGCGUUCCUGGGGGUGGGGGCAUGAAGGAGACCGGUCCUUGGGCCCAAGCUGUCUUGAGACGGCCCAGCGGUAGCUCUGGGGAGCCCUGGCCUGCCGAGGACAAGCAUCCCUCAGAGAGAAAGAAGCUGAAGGUGGAUGAGCGGGACUCCCUGGAGCAGACAGAACCCCUGGGGACAGAGACCCCAGCUGACCCUGUGCAGUCUUCCUCCCUGCCAUGUCAGAGGCAGGAUGGAGCCCAUGGGGAGAUGUCAGGGGGCAGUGCCCAGCAGGACUCCGAAGGCCUGGAGUCCUCUGUUGCCUCGUCAGCUGCUCCUGCUGCUGCCCUGAGCUGGGCAGGGCUGGGGGACAAGAAGCCCACACCACUUGCUGCUGAUGGGGACCAGGGGCACCGUUGCCAGCUGGCCAUGCCACCUCAGGCUCCUGGUGUCCUUGCUGCUCUGGCAGAGGGCACCUUUCUCCCCAAGUACCUCCUUAGGGUACCUCAGGGAAAGACCCCCUCAGCACUGCCUGCCACCCAGAGGCCACGGCAAGGUCAAGACUCUCUCUGCACAACUGGACGACCUGAGGAACGAGCACCCGUUGGACCAGGGCUGGGGACACCCUGGUCUCUCAGCCCCGUCUCAGGCCCAAACUCGGGUGGAGCAGAUGGCAUCCCGGAGCACCCCAGCUGGUCUGGGCCAAGGGAUGGCGGACGAGAGGCUCACGAGGGCAGGGAGAAGGGCGAUGGGACAGACAGCAGAGUCCCAGCAGCCAGCGAGUCUCCUGGCUCGACCACAGGGCCCCCCUGGGAAUUGACCUCCUUCCCGCCCACCCCCACGGGUGACACCGUGGCCCAGGAUGCGGGAGGUGAGGCCCACACCACUCUUCGCCUUUGCACGGGCAGUACGUUGGCAGGGGCCAGCACCUCGGAGGGGGUCCUGAAUCUCCCGACUCCCAGCGGGGAGCUGGGGGGGUCUCCUGAGGAAGCUCCAGAAGGCCUUCCUUCAGAGCCACCUGCAGUGCGUGACCCCCGCUGCGCCUGGCAGCCCAGCUCCUUCCUCAGGGCCCUCACCCGGCCCCAGGGCUUGUCUCUGGGCCAGCCACAACAGGCCCUGUCACUUCACUUAGGGACGCCCAGGAGCUGCGGAGCCCAAAGCCCCUUCCCCUCGCUGAGGGCUGAGCCCCGGCUCACGUGGUGCUGCUUGAGCCGCAGCCUGCCUCUGCCCGCGGAGCAGGAGAAGGCCGCCUCGGUGUACGAGGCUCCCCGCGUCCCCCGCGGCAGCCUCCAGCGUGCGAGCCCCUGUGCCCCGCCUGUGAGCAACGGAGGAAGGACCGGGAGGAGCCCUGGAGGAGGAGAGCCGGUGCAGGCACCUCAGCUCUCCCACCCAAUGGCCCCAGGGAGGAGGUCCCAGGACCAGCCAUCUGAUCCAGAAUGGAAGAAAGGACUGUUUCGCAGGAGAGUGAAGACAUCUCGUGGGACCAACAAGCAGAAAAGACUGAAGAUCAAUCCUAAAAGGUAUGAAGGGACUUUCUGGCAGAGCCGUGCUCCCUUGAGAGCCAGCAGACUGCGCAAGCCCCUCUGGGUGCCAAGAAGUUGCCCCCGUCUCCGGUUGGAGGGGCCAGAGCCACACGGGACCCUCAGGAACUCAGGUCUACAUCUGCAAGGACACUCAUCUUGUGCGGAAUUGUCUCUUGCUUGUGGGAAUGAAGAAGAGAAGGAAGAUGACUGUGGACACAUCUCAGAAACCUCCUCUCCUAGCCCAAGUUCAAGGACCAUCAGGGAAAGAGACAAACUGACUGAGAAGGGUAUUUCUCCAUCUGCUGGCAGGCACGAUGGCUGCUCUCAGCAGCACGACACGGCUGCCGUGUCAUGGUUGCCCCUGCAAGUUGACACCUGUGUGGCAGUGGUAAAGGAUGACCCUAUGCCCCGUGGCAAAGGUCUUGAGGCCAGACAGCCGGAAGCCCAGCUGCCACCUUCCCGGGGUCAAGUCGUGGGAGAUCCCAAACCUUGCGUUUCUACAGAUGCUCAAGAGCCUCCUUCCUUUGGGUCCAAAGGAACCUUUCCCCACCAUGACAUUGCCACCUCUGUCGCUGCCAUCUGUAUUUCUGUGGGGGCAACAGCAGGUCACACAAAGCUGGGAAUUCACAGUGCAGAGCCUCAAGAGCACAGCUGGGCUGCAGGGGAGACUCUGGCCCAAAGCUCCCCAGAGAGAAGAGCCAUUGCCGAGGGCACAUCACAGACGCCCUUGCCAGCAAAACUGACAUCUGUACAGAAGAUGGUGGGAUCAGCUCCCCUGGGCUCAACCAGAGAAGUUCAUCUUGAAAUACCAGCUUCAGGACUAAGUGCGUCUCCUUCACACCAAGAGGAAGGGAGACACCAGGCACUUUUUCCUCCCAGGGGUCAAUAUGGGUGUGGGGAAAUGGCCAUCCCCUGUCCCAAGGCAGGAAGUGACGGUGGGAAAUGCCAAGUGUCUGAAUUAACUGUUUGGAAGGGUCGUGUGGUUUCCCCCAGCCCAGGGCAGCCCUCAGAAGCCCCUGAAGCCCCUCCCCGGUCCAUCAGGAAGAGGAGUUUGGAAGGCAUGAGAAAGCAAACCCGGGUGGAGCUCAGUGACUCCAGCAGUGACGACGAAGACCGCCUGGUCAUAGAAAUAUGACGCCUUAGCAGCAAGAUCAAGUCCCCGGCUGAAGACUGUUGAUGCUUCACAAGUGAAAGUCCUCAAGCUGCAGAAGCACCGAGUCGCUAACAAAACACCUGCAGAUCAGGAAAGCCAUCUGGCUCUUUCCAAGCCAACUCCAACCAGCCCCAGGCCCCAGUUGGCCGCACCCUUUCCCAGCCCCUCUUGGGCACGCUCCUCUGGUGCCACGAAGCUCGGUCUGAGAAGGCUCGGCCUACACAGAAACGGGGCCUUGCCUGCAGCCUGACCCAGCCUUGGCCCCACCACCCACCUCUGGGAGAAGAGCAUUGACCCCGGGAGCCACGGUCGGCACACUGACCGUGGACCCGGCGUCGGGCCACCGACUUCUCCGUGAGUCAGCUGAGGCUUUGCUUUGGUAGUAAGCACACAAGGUUGAUUGGGGGCUUGAGAAAACGGGAUGCGCCUCGGGCAACAUUCUGGAGACAAUUCAGAUUCAUUCAACGACUGGCUUGGUCGGAGUACUUCUCCUCCUUGGUGGAAGCUGUAAAUACACUUCAAAGAUGCCCAUGAUCUGGUGAAGAGCCGAUGUGUGUCAGUGUUGCACAAAUGGUCAAUGCUCAUCUAGGGUCCAAUGACACGCGCACGUGCUGCUCUCGUACCUGGUGCCUUUUCUGUGAGACCCCUUGAGACCAUUAGUUUUUCCAUCUCUUUGUAAAGGAACGCUGUGUUAAAAGUCAAUAGAACAGUCUUUCUGUAAUGAGUCAUUUUUUGAGGGGGAAAAAUUCACUUAUUUUCCUCUGAUUCUUUUUGUCAUAUUGUGCUCUGAGCAAUUUCAAUUAGAGGGUUCCAUUUUAGUAAUCCGUGCAGCUUGAAUUGACGCCUGCUUCUCGUGACGGGAACCUUUCAGACUUCCUCCAGAAGCUUCAAGGAUACAAAACUAAUUGGAGUUUUGACGCUGUUUUACAUCUCAGUAAUUUUAUUUUGGGGGCUUGGUGUUACUUUGCUGUCAAAUUAAAUCAGCCUCUGUAUUGUGCAAGUCAGAACAGCAUAGAUAAAAUUCCCCAGUAUUCCAAGCCAGCGCACCCCUGUGCAGAGGAAAAUAGCAAAUCUACGUCAGCCAGCCCACUGAGCAGAACCUCAGAUUUCCUGCUUCCUCUCCCUCUUCUUAAAUGGGAGAGGAAAAACUUAAAGAGGUUUAUACUGCUGCAUUUCAAUAAAAUUUUUAUACUUGUUUUUGGUAUGAUUUUGUACAAUUUGAAAUUUAUAGCAGAACUCUUUUGGCUUAACUUUGAUGUAAUGAUGUUCAUAUGACAUCUUGUACUUCAAAGGCGAAGCAACAAAAUGCACACAUGUGAACACACUUUGCCAAGCCUUGGCCUGUGACUGAGUGUGCUCCCAUCUUGAGUCUCUUCGUGUGGAUUUUCCAAUUUUGAUGCUAUUCAUAGAAAACUUCGAUGAAAGGCCAGCUUCCCCUGGUUACUGAGCAUAUGUCUGUGGUCAUUUCAUAUGCACUCAUAAAUGGCCAGGUGAUCACAGGCACGGAAGGAGGCAUCUGCUUCUGGUGAAGGUGGAAGGGAUGUUAGAAAUCAACAGAGGGUACUUUUUAAACCAAACAGGUGGUGCAGUGGUUAUCGACCCAUGAGAAUGACCUAUGCCACUUCCUGAUAGAGGCAGCAUAGGAAAACCGUCCGAGUCCUGGAAGAACAGAGGUGGAUUCCCAACUCUGUCUUUAGCUGGGAAUUUUGCUGAAGACACUCUCUGCACCUCCAUUUCCCCAAAUGAAAUUGAAAGAGUUGGACAAGAUGAGCUGAAUGUGUUUCCAGAUUCCAAUCCCGAGGAGAGUGAAUGACAGAGAAACUGUCCUCUCCUUUACAUACCUGGGCUCUAUGGUUUGGGGAUUUUCCCCAAGGAAACCUUGCCCCAGGUGUUCUGCAUGUAAGAGUGUGGGUGGCGGUUACGAGGGACAGAAGCAAACACCUCGGGUGUGCUGCUAUUGCAAAGCCUCAUCUAAUGCUUUCCUGGAGUUCCAGAGUUUGGUGUGAUUGUGAUAUCAGCCAUCUUAUGAAUGUUGGUUUGUAAUCCAGAUACUGAAAAGCAAAAGCAGAACACUACUGCGUGAGUGGAAGAAAACCUAUCUGUCAUCCAAAUCGGCUACUUAGUCUUGGAAGGUAUGGGACAGGGGAAGGGAAUGAUCUUCCAGAGCCUUCCUUCCUGGGUGGCUGCUGAGAUGCCAGUUAGAUCUCAGGACCCAGUAAGUCACAAGUUCAAAUAGCACUGGCCACAGGAUAGCAGUGGAAGCCCUGUUGUUCUAUGAGCCACUGUGACUGGCUGCCACUUCCCAACCUAGAUCCAAUACGGCUGAAUGCCGAUUCCAUCUUUUUAACUUCCUGUGUGUCCCACAGAGGUAGGCAGUUGACCAAGUGGUUCUGUUUCACAGGGUCAUUUAGCUAGUUGUGGCAAUGUUUCAAAGUAUACUUUACUUUAUAUAAGCAUGAAUUUGUGAAAAGCUAUAGUUCGAUGGAUUUUUUUAAAAAUCAGAAAUGUUUUUUUUUAAUCACUCUAAGAGAGCUGGCUAUUGAAGGCAUUCUAAGGUAAAGUUUUGACUAUUUUUUAAAAAUUCUUUCAGAAAGCAACAAACAAUCUCUGAUUUUUAGAAACCCAAUUUUCCUAUGGGUUUUUCUAUUUUAAGGGUAACAUCAACAACCUCUCUCCCAGUUUGGGUAAUUAAAAUACAAUUUAAGUAUUGUCAACUGAUAAUUACUUUACUUUCAUACUGCGCAGGUGUAUACUGCAUGUUGGUUCUGGAAAGAGAAACUUAUUUUAUAACAACACAAACUCAAGUUUAAAGAUCAGAUAUUUCCCUUUUCCCCUAGGGCUGUUAAUUUAUUUUCAAGUGAGGAUCUUAAUCAACUGGUGCCUCAGCUUCCUCCAUGGAGAAUAGCCCUAGGGAUGUGGUGUGGGCUGUGGUGAAGGGUGUUUGGAUUCUUCACCUUGCUCACAGGGCAAGGUAAGCCAGGGCCACAGCUCAGGGUGCUUGAGGUGUCUGCCAGUUUAUUUCUUUAUUCCUACCCAGCCUCAUCUCACUUCUUCAGAUGCUUGAAGGAAAGGGGCCUCACUUCCUCCCUUGGCAAUAUAAAUUUUUACCUGACUCCUAAAGGCACACGUUUUUUGGUGGACAAACUGGAUCCUCCUAGUCAUAAGGUGUGAUGAAUAACUCAUCCUUCCUUGUAGGGCUAAACUUCGGGCUUCUAGAUGAAGUGAACUCCCCUUUGAUUCACACCUCACAAUAACCAGGAGGACAUGUGGUUUCUUUGCCAAGAAAUCAAAAUAAAAGGGGGAAGAGUAUUAACUCUGAAAUUCGGCCAAAAGGAGGCCAAUAGCAUGGUGGGGGACCUAGAGCAAGUUAGAACUUCCCUUCCUAAAAUCCCCCUUCUGAAAUCAAGAUCAGAAGAGUAGUCUUGAAAAUGCAUUUUGACCACAGUCCUUGGCAUGAAAGAAACGAUCUGCAGUCUCAUGCCAAAAAGUGUUCCCUUGCAUUUACAUUCAUGACUUAGAAUGAUCACAUUAUUCAUUUUUCCCCAGCACAGAAAUUUGCAUUUUGCACAAAAUUUGCCUUGUGCAGCAGAUUUUUAUAGUUAUGGAAACUGUCAUCAUGAUGGGAAUGUACUGCUGCUCAACUCCCCAGACAUAAUUUAAUAUGGGGAGGAGAAAAUGGUCUGCCUGGCCUAUGGGUGAUCAUAUUUCUACUACUGCAGCAUGAAGGGCUUGUGUAGCCCUUCUCACUGCAGUUGUUAUUCCCAUAAUUCGUGUGCGGGAGACACUCUGGAUCUUGAAGCACUACAUUUCUUGUCCCUAUCUUUCAGAAUUCAUUAACUACUGAUGUCAGGAUCUAGAAAAUCUCGUGUGCUAGAGUUCUACCCUGUAUGGUUUUGUGUACCCAUGCUGUGUACUUACGUGGGAAUAUGCAUAAUUCAGUCUGAAGAAAUACAGGAACAUUUGAGCAUAUUAUUUCACCAUUGGGAGAAAAGGAGCCAGAGAAAACCAGCAGCUCUUGCUGCAUGGAGUCCUGGAGGACGAUCACCAUCUUACAAGCAUAGUCAACUGUCAGGACUUAAUAUCCUAUUGAUUGUUCAUAAUCAGGGAAGCAAUUGGCUUCUUAGUUGUUUGUUGACAUUUAUUUCCUUCUUUAUAUAGUUAAAUUAUUUUGUUUUGAUAAA